UACCUGGGAUUUUAUUCAUCAAGGUCUUCCUUUCUAGAGAUUCAAUUAACAUCGUACAGAUUCGACAAAUUGUUCAAUUUCGGCUCUGACAUGUUUCUCCUUUAGCGUUAGUCUGUCUAAUUUUCCUAAGUCUAUAAGUUUUCCUGUCCCUAGGCAAUCAGCUGGGUUAAUUAAAGGGCCGCCCGCUUGCCGAGAUCCAAGGUGCUGGUUUACAUAGUGAGGUUUUGUGAUUCUCAGUUUUUGUGGAUCCGCUCAUAGUUUGUUCAUCAUAUCCGUGAGUGUCACACUCAGUGUCAAAAAAGCUCCGAAAAACGCCUCCGACCUCGCAGUGCUGACCUCCGCCUCGAAUCAUGGCUCGUUUGGGCGGUCGUGGCAAUCUCGAUCCCAAGAAGGUGAGUGGCGAGCUCUUCUCCCUGACCUACGGCGCUCUUGUGGCCCAAAUUCUCAAGGAUUACGAGAACGUGGACGACGUGAACAAGCAACUUGAGAAGAUGGGCUACAACAUCGGGAUCCGCAUGGUGGAGGACUUCCUGUGCCGCACCAGCAGCGGCAAAUGCCACGAUUUCCGUGAUACGGCCGACAAGAUCCAAUUGGCCUUCAAAUUGUUCCUCAAUCUCUCACCCACGGUCACGAGUUGGAGCUCGACCUCGGACGAAUUCUCGCUCAUCUUCGACACCAACCCCGUGGCCGAAUUUGUCGAGCUGCCCGAUCAUUGCUACAACCUCCGAUACGCCAAUAUCUUGGCCGGAGCCAUCCGCGGGGCCCUCGAAAUGGUUCACAUCGAGGUGGCGUGUUGGUUCGUUCAGGACACGCUCAAAGGCGACAAUGUCACGGAGCUUCGCAUCAAGUUCUUGCGACGAAUCGAGGAUAGCGUGCCUCCGGGUGAUGACUAGGGGCACAAGCAGAGACGAGGCUCGAACCCUGGGGCAUGGAAUUAUGCAUUUGUGAUGGAAAUAUGUUGGUUUGUUUUAGAUAUAAAUGUUAUGUACCAAUGCGAA